AUGUCUGCUGAAGAAGUCGCCAAGGCGUUUGUGCAGCACUAUUACACCACGUUCGAUACGAACCGACCGGGACUUGCGAGCCUCUACCAAGAUGUAUCUAACAUGAGCUGGGAGGGUCAACUGUCCACGGGUCAGCAAAGUAUCAUGGCAAAGCUUCAGGGGUUACCCGUGGUACGCCAUGAGUACCCAACAGUGGAUAUUCAGCCGUCCACAUCGGGUAAUGCCAUGAUUAUCUUUGUGCAGGGCAAGAUCCAGAUCGAGGAGAACAAUCCGAUUCAAUUCACGCAGGUGUUUCAGCUCGUGUCCCAUCAGCCUGGCCAGUACUACAUCCACAAUGACGUUUUCCGUCUUCAGUAUGGUUAA